CGGAUAUACAUAUCCCCGGAAAUCUAUUAUUUGAGACAACAUGGCGUUAGCGAAUCUUCGUAAAACUAACGUAAGUAUUUUGAUUUUUAGUGCUUUAUUUCAACAUAUAAUUGCAUAUUUUGAUACAGAAAGGUUCCGUAUGUACGAAACUUGUUAUAUAUGCGAAAUUACUGGAAAUCGAGGUUACUUUUCUUGCUGAAUUUGGUGUUGGAAGUUGUCAAAUUUUACACAUGUAAUAAAAUUUGUUUGUAAACAGAAAUGAUAUUAAGCUUUUAUUUUUGGUCUUAUUUCUCCCAGGUCCGUUUACCUCCCGAAGUUAAUAGAAUCCUUUAUGUAAGGUAUGUUAAAAAGACAUAAUUUUACGUGUUGUAUAUACUGCAAUGAUUUUUCCUAGCUGGUAAAAUAAAUUUAACACUAAGGAAAUUUAUAUUUCUGGACAGAAAUCUUCCAUAUAAAAUCACAGCUGAAGAAAUGUACGAUAUCUUUGGGAAAUAUGGUGCUAUUCGACAGAUAAGAAUGUAAGUUCAGUUUUAUAAGGUUACUCGUUAGUGAAAAUGGUUUCAUAACCAAUCUUUCAGUACAAUUAUCACAGUAUAAAUAGCUUCAACUGAUCAAUGAAAUUUAUCCAUAUAUAUUUCAAAUGACAAAAUAUAAAUCUGAUAGCUGACAACAAUAGGUGAAAAAACCCAAACAUUUAAGGUAUGUUUGCUCACUGCGAUUUUUUGUGUAAAAUUUGUAUUCUGGCGUAUGUAAUCAAAUAAACAAGCUCGCCCGGUGUGGAUAUAUACGCUCAGAGUAAUAUCACAAACAUCACAUUCACCUGAGUACACAACACCAACACAGAAAAAAAAAACGCUCAAAGUGGUUGCUAUAAACUAAAUGAAGAGACAUUGUGUCGGCAUCAGUAAUUUUCAUACAAAUCGUACACGAUAAAUUGUAGGGUGUAAAUGUACCUUUAAAGUAUACAUAUACUUUAAAAUAUAUUUUAUAAAUUAUACAUUUAAAAACUUACACAAAGUAAUAUGUUUUCCUGUAGUGGAAAUGCAAACGACACCCGAGGGACGGCAUACGUUGCUUAUGAAGACAUUUUUGACGCCAAGAACGCCUGCGAUCAUUUGUCAGGUUUCAACGUCUGUAACAGAUACCUGGUUGUACUUUACUAUCAGCCAACCAAGGUAAGCGGAAAUGGAAUGUAUGACAUAUUUCUUGGUAAGGGGCAUGGGCAGAUUUCCAGGGGAGCAUGCACCCGUAGAAAAAGUCUGCAUCUUUCCCACCCCCCUUCCCCCUAGGAAAGGUCAUCAAUGAACCAUUGCAUGCUAAAAUUUUCAUGAGAUUUGUGUUAUGUUGGUCGAGGUAUGCCCCCCCAGAAGCAAGCCCCCCCCCCCGGAAGCAAGCCCCCCCCUGGAAGCAAGCAUCCCCUUCAUCAGAUGAACCUAAUUAUGGGAGCACAAUAAUCAAUACAACUAACAAGUAACUUCCCCCUCUGUGACUGGGGUUUGAUUGGGUCAUUCCAGAAAACACCCAUACCUCCCCCACAAAAUUGGAAGUUAACCCCUUUGGAUGUCCUAAUACACUUACUAUUAUCAGAGACUAGUCCCCCCCCCCCCAGCAGAAAUUUGAAAAGAAUAACAUUUGGUUUCAAAUAUUUCUGCAGAUGCAUAAACAAUUGGACAAGGAAAAGAAGAAACAAGAGCUUAUGAAGAUGAGAGAAAAAUAUGGACUGAACAAGGAUACCUGAUGAUGAUUCAACCCAAAUGACUCAACAAGAACUGUUUUUAAAUAGUAUGUGGUAUUUUCAACAGAAUCCAACAAAACAUGAACAAAGGAUUAACAAUUCCAGAUAAGAAACAUUGUCCAUCACCAUCUGUGCAGUUUUUACAAAUAAAGAUAUUUAACAUGGUUUUUAACUAUAAAGCAUUCUUGAGUAUUUCUCAUGAGCUCACAAACAAAUGAAAUCUUUUCAAGAGCUCGCAAACAAUAGAAGUUAAUCAUUAUUUUAAAAACACAAACUGUGUGGUCAAGCAGAUUUUUUAGAUGGUACUGCACACUAGUGCACAGAAUGAAUGCACUGAUAGACAGUGUUUUAUCUGAAAGCGUCAUCAAACAUAAUAGAAUGCUAUAUACAUACAAUUGGAUACAUGUAUGUUAAAAACUGUCAAUGCAGCAAAGCAGCGGUAUGCAUUAAAUACUAUAUGUAUGCGAUGCUAAAAUGUUCAACUAUUUCUACAAUAAAUACAGUUUAAAAACUCUCCUAAUGUAAACGUGGUUUCUAUUCAGCCGUAACUGUUACGACCCUGUGAAGUUGGCGGAAUGAGAGUUGGCAAGCGCGAGUUUAUUGUAAACGUGAAUAAAGCUUAGUUCACACAUAGCCUAUCGAAGGGAAGAUGGCUGUGAAACUCAUUAGAAUAACAAUAUAACUCGUUAUUUAUGUUAGUCAACGUUUAUUCAUAAAUCUGGUCCUUUCACCGUCACGUGUGUAUUGUAUUUUUGCCCAACUAACCAAUAGCAAUGUUUUAGGAAAGUUACCUAUCUGUUAAAAGUUACCUAUCUGUUAGUUUCAUAUUACCUACCUAAAGUUACCUAUCUGUUAGUUUCAUAUUAAUCUGACACUGCAAUCGAGCAACGACAAAUUAGUUGGCUCGAGCGGGAUUUGAACUCGCAUCUUCGGGUACCUAGACCGCCGCUCUACCUAUUGAGCUAUCGAGUCAACAGGGAUUCGUAGCGAGUCUUAUCCAAUUUAAGGCUGAUUUCCACUGUUGCGUUUUUCAUUACAUGUAAUGAAUUUUUCAUUGCAUGUAAUUUCAUUACAUGUACGUAAAACUUUUAAUCCAUUUAAAUGUUACUUAUGAAAUAACCAACUAAAUAAAAUAACAGAAUUUAGUGUUCCGCAAGUUUUAGCAUGCAUUUUUUAACUUAUUUGUAAAAUAUUUAAAAAAUAGAAGGAUUCAAAGUUUUACGUGCGUAUAUACGUACGUAUGAAAAACGCGACAGUGGAAAUCAGCCUUUAAGUGCACGAAAUAUUUUCGUAACGACUUAACGCUUGUCUUAGAGGGCGCGCAGUGUUUCAAUUCUAUUUCAGAACCAUCCUCAGAGAUACGAAAAACUAGUUUCAUAUUAAUCUGACACUGCAAUCGAGCAGUAUCAAUCCAACGAAUUUUUCGUUGCUCGAUUGCAAUGUCAGAUUAAUAUGAAACUAGUUUUUCGUAUCUCUGAGGAUGGUUCUGAAAUAGAAUUGUGACUCGAACAAUAGGGGAAAUUGCUAUUGGUGGAUUUGGCAAAAAUACAAUACACACGUGACGGUGAAGGACCAGAUUAUGAAUAAACGUUGUCCAACAUAGAUAAUGAGUUAUUUCACAGCCAUCUUCCCUUCGAUAACGCUGAUUUCCACUGUUGCGUUUUUCAUACGUACGUAUACGCACGUAAAACUUUAAAUCCGUUUAAAUGUUACUUAUGAAAUAACCGAAUAAAUAAAGCAACAGAAUUUAGUGUUCCGCAAGUUUUAGUAUGCAUUUGUUAACGUAUUUGUAAAAUAUUUCAAAAAUAGAAGGAUUCAAAGUUUUACGUGCGUGUACGUGCGUACGAAAAACGCAACAGUGGAAAUCAGCCUAGGCCAAAAAAAAAAUAUAUGUGGGUUUCCGGUUUCUUCUUAUAAAAACGUAGGUAGGGUAGGUCGGUUUUAACUUCUUUUUUUUAAACUUUUUUUUUAUUUUUCCUAACAAGCGUACGCCAUUUUGUUUAGUCAGUGCGUCCACAUCCAAAGAUAAAUUUCCCUAAUAUUGCCUCAAAUUUCAAUUUUCCACAAACUUUUUCCUCUAAGUGGAAACACUUACAAGCAUGAUCCAAUAAAAAAGUUUAGGGUCGGGAUUUCGACGUCCAAAAGCUAGGUAGGGUCGGGAAACCGGAAACCCACAUAUUUUUUUGGCCCUAUAGACUAUGGUUUACACUAUCAAAGUUUCUGUGAUCACAGUAAGGGUCUUGGUACCAUGACAACCAAACAGAAACCAGGAUUUAUGCCAGUAGCGAAACUAGUCAUGGCAACUGGUCAUGCUAUGCUUAUACACCUGCACCAAAAUAGUUUAAAGACAAUAGGUUUCAAAAAUACAAAUAUUUAAAAAUUUGCAUAUGGCACGACCAGCUGCCCUGGUUAGCUUUGCCACGGCUUUAUGCUAACCUUUCCGUAGAACAACCCGAAACCAAUGUACCAGAACGAGAAACUCGAAGCAAACUUGAAUAGGCUACUUGUAGGCGGCGAGUCUCAGCAUCACAGAUAUGCAAACAUCUUAAACAACGCUAGCCGCUCAUGGCUGAUUUAGUGAAAACUUGUUUGUCUUCCAAUUUCUGAUUAACUUCGUCUGGGUCGCUUGCUUGGCGAGGCAUACGAGUCGGGAGCUGUCGUACUUCGUCGAGUUCGAGUCGGGGUGCUUGCGCCUCCAUUCACAACACGUUGUUGACCAGCGGUGCUCCCCCUUGACGACGAUGCUCUUGGGUCAGCCGCUGGUCGCCCUAUUGGAGUGGAUCUUGUUCCCGGGGACUUUGAGGUACGUGACCCUCUCGAUGACGUACUUCCCAACGCUGACUUCAACAUGGUAGCUGGACUGGCGGGCAUGUCGUAUUGUGCGGGCGUCAUGCCAAGGCGUUCCUCUAUGUCACGUAAUUUGAUCUCGGCCUGGCGACAUUCCUGAUGCUUGCUUUGCAUCUCGGGAGUUUGCAUUUGAUCCAACUGAACCUGGAUGGAGGUAUGUCGUUUGUUUGUUAAACUUUA